UACACAAACCACAACACAACCAGGAACAGGACGUGGGUUGACUCAACUAGUGAAUCUGAACAUCGAAGUCGAGCGAAAGUUUGAAAGAGUCGUGUUACGACGUUUAAAUAUUGUUUAAAGACUAUUUUCUUUCUUGGUACACCGUCCUGACAACUAACCGUAAGUUUUAAAGUUAUUAGAAUGAAAUUUAGUGUCGUUGUCGUAUUGGUGCCCGUUGUCUGGGCUCUCGUUGCUUCUGACCCAUCAACAAGCUCUUCUUCUCCGACUACCAAAUCGACCACCGUAGCACAAGUUGACACUGUUGCUGUCACCACUGCUGCUCCCAAAAAUAAUGGAACAAGCAAUAAUGGAACAAGGAUUCCAGUCCACAAAAGCAAAGGCUUUGACAUGGAUAGCUCGAUGAUACAAAGAGCGCUGUAUGUGCUUACUGGGUUCACCAUCAUUGGAAUUCUUUUCAAAGUUGUUAGGCGGAAAAAACCCAGUGUCACACACCGCAAAAAGUACGGGCUCCUGUCAAAUCAAGACAACAUGGAGAUGGGGUCGAUGGAGAGCGAUGAAGACGACACCACUUUGUACGAGGCGAGAACUUUGAGAAGGUAG